ACAUAACCUAACACCUAAUGUAAAUUGCGAACAUUUUGAUAGGAAAAAUAAAAGAUAAAUUAUGUCCUAUAUUUUCAACUGUGAUAAAAAUAAAUCUGGAAAUGAUUUUGCUCAUUUUCGAAAAAUAUUUACACCAAAAUACAAAGAACCGGAAGAUGUUUCUGUAAUAUAUAUUGGAAAACAUAUUUACCACAGACAUGUUAUAAUAGAAGAAAUUGAUGUAGUUAUAAGAAUUGUGCAAACAGAAUGGUACCAAUUACAAAGUGUGAUUUUAUAUGAGAAUAUUUUAUCAUUUUCGGAAUUAAUUUAUUCUAGAGAAGUAUUGAAUGGCACAUUUCUUGCUAUUUCAGAAUCGCUUCAGCUAUGCAACUGCUCCCAACAAAAAUCGAGGUAUAUAGAAAGCGUUAAGAAAGCAUUAGAUAAUUUCACAGGCUGUGUGGUGCCAAUAACAAAAUUUCCAGAUGAAAUGUUAGCAAAAAUAUCCACCUCAGCUACCAACGAUGCAAAAUGUCCCAUAUAUCAGUAUUUCCAUUCAUUUCUAGAUGUGCAGUAUCAUCUACUUGUCCUCUAUUAUGUGUGUGGUGCACCCGAAGAUAAACUUGAAAACAGGAUAACGUCGGUAAUGAAAGAUAUAAUAACAGUAAUUAAGAAGAAUUAUAGAAGGCAAAGUAUACAAAAUCGACAACCUUUUUUAUGUAGUUGCAUAAAAGAGAGUUGGUUGGUAUUGCAAGUCUUUACUGAAAAAAUUGGUAGUGAUAAAAAUUGGUUUUGGAAGAUAUUCAACAGUGUGUUGGAAAAUGAGGAUUCUAUAUUUACAUUGUGGUUGCUGAAAUAUAUAUCUAGUUUACAGUUAGAUAACACUGUGUGCUUAGAUGAAGAUAAAAGAAAUGAUAGAGUCGUGCCUAAUUACAGUCUAUUGGAAAGUAAACUGAAAAUUAUACUGUCAAGUGCAGGAUCAGAUACCUUUCUGGAAUGUUUUAGAAUUAUCGAACCACUUCUUUGUGACCUUUGGUUGACUAAAGGCAGAAUCGAAGUUUUUCAAAUUAUAUGGGACCACUACAGCAAACGCUUGAAUAUCUCUAAAAAGAAACCAACACAAAAGGCUUUGCAGUUGAACGAAAUAAUAGACUCCUUACUCUCCUCACCGAAAGAAUGCAAUGACGAUUUCGAGAUAUUUGUAGGGAUGCUCAUCUUACAUUUAAGAGCACAUCCCACACACUGGGGCAAAAUAAAGGGACGUAUUUAUUCCCAGUUAGGUCCGAACAAAGUUAAGGAUCUUAACGAAACUGGUGUUACGCAUGUCAUGGUUAUUUUCCUGUCUUUAGCUAGCGUUAACUUCAACGAGCUGUCCAAAAAAAUAAUUUCAGUUUUGGAGAAUUUACCUAUGGAAAAACGCAAUACGCAUCAUGUUUGGAAUAUUUACGCGAUAUUUAUGAUCAGACAUGUACUAGAGGGUCGUGACCUUGAAGGAGCUGCCCCCUUCAUGCUACAACUGCUGCGCGAUGCUGUGAACGAUCAAAAAACGUUGCGCCUUGUUAGAGAUUUUAUAGAAAACUUUGGGCACAUAAUAAAUCAUAGUACAAAUUACCAGUUACAUCAGUGGCUACUGAUAGACACUUGGCUACCAAAUUAUAUGGCUAUAUGUUACCACUCUGACCUAAAAGCAGCCCUUGACGUAUUGCUCUGUACUUUAGACAAAGUCAGCAAUCCAGAUUCGUGGUCCUCGUGGGAACCCGCAUUUAGAGAUUACGUCUAUCCCAGUAUGAGGCAGAUAAGUACCCCGUCGGCUCCGGAUACGGUGGGAAAAAUUGCAGGAAAACUAUGCCUCCUAAUGCCUAAUAUAACGAACGAAGCCUUUAAUUUUUUUAAUAGUGAAACGAUACCUCCCAGAAUCUCUUGUCAGUUCCUCGACAAAGUCUUAGCUGACUUUCCCAACAGUUUUAUUCUGACGCCAUCUCAAGAGCUCGUGGUACUGCAAUCGUGGAUGAAGAUCUGUCUAUUAACCACCGAUUUAUAUGAAAAUUUAACUUUAAACGUUUUGAAGUUGGAUUGCUUCCCUGCAACACUGAAAACGCAUAUCGGCACGUCUCAGGACCCCGUCUAUGCCUUCAUCGAAUACCUCGGUAGCGACAUUAAACAACAUCUCCACUCGAAUAGCAUGAUUAAACUUUGCGAGACUUGUUUUGGGCAAAUCGACAAGUGGCUUGGGCAGUACCUGACGCAACCCGACGAUGAAACUUUGGUCUUUCGCGUGUAUACUUGUAUAUCCUUAGCGUUUCUACAUUGUGGACCCUUGCUGUAUGAUCGUAACAAAAGCACGUCUCCUUUGACCAAGUUAGUGCAAGUUCUCUUGUUACCAACGGACUUUCUGAUAGGGAAGAGGGUCCCGCAUAAUUUCGUCUUGAACGCGGUGAAGAAAACAUGGCAUAUUUUCUUCGAAGCAAUUGUGAAAUUGAACAGCGACAUAGACACGUUUCUAGAGAGAACGCUCCGGGAUAUGGUUCUGAAAUAUAUGCAGUACUUCUCUACGGCUGACUCGCCAAUAAUCAGGUGCUUGGAGAAUACCUCAACAGCUCCGAUACUCCUGGAUAAAAUAUCUAAUUCUUAUUUCAGACAUCCCGUGAAAGAGUCGGAUGCAAACACUUUAAAAGUCUUAAAGAUCCUUAGCGAUUUCGUUCAAAGUACCACGUCUUUGCCGCUGAUGAGACUGAUUAUAAAUAAGUGCCUUUAUGGAUUGUUCGAAAUCGUUAUUUUUCACGCGCAAAGGAAUGUAGCGCUGAGCCUGAUCAAGGUGCUGACUUGUUCUCCCCUGUAUCCCCAAGUGAGGGAGGAUUUCGGAAAGUCAAUUAUCACCGUUACAGAGAAACAUCUAGCGUUCAACACGAUCAACUAUUUUCAGUUGAUGUACGUCCUGGCGAAGUUUAUUCCAGCUGAUGUGAAGAAUUUGCUGGGAAAUAUAAAGCAAAACGUUUCCAAUGUGGAGAGAAUGAGGGGCGUCGGUUUCGAUAAGAACCUGAGAACACAUUUCGAAAAGUUGGAGGCUGCAGUGGAAAUCCCCAAGUGAUUUAUUUUUAAAAUAUAUUUUUAAUUAAAUAUAAAUGAAAAAUUAGAAAUACACAAAAAAGCUUUAUUUAAUUUACG